AUGCCGUCGAGCCUGCUGGUUUACUCGCCGUCGACGUCCUCUGUUUUUCCCAGCCCUCAGCUCCUUCGCGUGCGUCUUCAGCUUCCGUUCGGCGUUGCUCUGUUUUUCCGCUGGUGCCGCUUGCGUUCGGGAGAAGAAGAAGAUGAUGGGUGCUGUCUCUCUCUUCUGCUCCAGGUCCGUGUUCGCCGUCCAGCUCCUGUUUUCGGCUUGCCUUCCGUGUAUGUGUCUUCCCGUUCGUUGCCGCCGCUCAGCUCUGUUCGUGUGUGUGUGUUCGGCGUCUUCGUCGUCCCCCUGGAGAAGAUGAAGAUUAUAAGUCCCAUUAUAAUGGGGGUAAAUAAUAUUCUUUCUGAUGCUUCUCCUCCAAACUCCUUCAUCAAUCUCGACCAGGGAGAUACUGCACUGUUGGAGUCGUACUGGAGGAAGAUGAAGGAGGAGUGUGCGGUGGUGAUAAAGGGGUGUGAGCUUCUGAGUUAUGUGAGUGAUCGGAGCAACGUGUGUUGGUUCAUGAUGCCGGAGCUCACAGACGCCAUUAAAAAGCUUCAUGCUUUGGUUGGCAACGCAGAGACCGACGACAGGCACAUUGUGGUCGGCAAUGGCUCCACGCAGCUCUUUCAGGCUUCUCUCUUUGCUCUCUCUUCUUCUUCUUCUUCUCAUUCUCCCAAUCCUAUCAACGUCGUCGCUGCUUCUCCUUAUUACUCGGGCUACCCCGACGAGACAGAUCUAGUGCGAUCAAGCCUAUACAAGUGGAGUGGGGAUGCGAAGGAGUAUGAUAAGAAUGAAGCAUACAUAGAGAUAGUAACGUCUCCAAAUAACCCAGACGGCAGCAUCAGAACACCUGUUGCGAGCAACAGACGUGGAGUUGAAGGAAAGCUAAUUCAUGACCUUGCUUAUUACUGGCCUCAAUACACUCCCAUUACUCACAAGGCCGAUCAAGAUCUUAUGCUCUUCACUUUCUCCAAAUGCACUGGGCAUUCUGGUUCACGCAUUGGGUGGGCGAUUGUGAAAGAUAUAGAUAUGGCGAAGAAAAUGACCACAUUUGUAGUGCUGAACUCCAUUGGGGUGUCCAAAGAAUCCCAAACUCGAGCUGCUAAGAUAAUGGAAGUUGUAUGUAACAGCUAUGAGAAUUUCAAACUCGGGUCCAAGAAUUCUGAGCUGUUCUUCGAGUACAGCAAAUGUCUUAUCAAAGAAAGGUGGGGGAAGCUGAGGGAAGUCAUCAAACAAAGUGAUUAUUUCAUCUUGCCCAACUUUCCAAAGGCCUACUGUAACUUCACUAAUGAAUCAUCUGAAACAUAUCCUGCUUUUGCUUGGUUGAUGCAUAAGAAGGAUGAAGACGGUGUGGGUUAUUUGGAGAAGAAAUUGAAAGUACUUGCUAGAAGUGGGAAUCGAUUUGGAUCAGGUCCACGUUGUGCUAGAAUUAACAUGCUGAGCAGAGAUGAAGACUUCGAUGAAUUCUUGAGGAGGCUUUCAAACAUCAAAGAGAUUGGUUAUUGA